CUCAUUCUCUUCUUCCCUCCCUCGCUCUUUAUCAUUCUUAAGAGGCAUUGAGUUGAGAGAUGGCAUCGCGAUUAAGCCCUCCGGCUCCAACUGGUCUAUUUUAAGGGGUCGAUUAAAUGGAGGAAGACAGCGGCUACUCUAUAAGUCUAGUACUAACACAUGUUGAUGUUGAUACCUUGUGGUUGUUCUCUUGAGCAUUGCAAUAAAAUUGUUGUGUGAAAAUACCAGUGCCGAUUGAGACAGCACUUGCGUUCUGCCUGCGGUGAUCGUGAAUAUGGUUGUUGUAUUGCCGCGAAGAUCUGAUGUUACCCAACCCAUCAAUUUUGGGAAUUCGAUUUUGAAAUAUGACAAAGUUAUGUACUUUAUCAUUUUAUAAAAUAUUUGUUUUGAACGUAUAAUCUAAUUCGUGUUGGUGGUUCAAAGUUAGUUUUGGCAACGAAGCCUAAUUGUUUCGAAAAAAAAAAAAAUUACCUCAAGAAAGUGCUGUUACAAAGGAAGUGAUGGUAGAUGAGAUGGGAAUGAAGAGAAUUACGCAGAAGCAGAUGGCCAUCUUCAAACAGAACCAUAUUUGUGGAUCAUGGCAGGUAACGCAAAAGAGAAUGAUGCAUGUUUUUUAGUAGUCACGCUUUUAAAUUGAAUGUUUUACAGCUUGUAAAAGAUUUAUUUUCUUAACCAAAGGAUGAGUUUGCAAAAGUCGUAGAAAAAUAUUCAAGUGCCAUAUUUUUCAAACCUCAAUGGCUUACAAGAAAGUUUCUUUCCAAUGUGAUAGGAAUUCUGUUGUAGGCUGCAAAAAGUUACACAACCUAAUUUUUUUACAAACAAGCUGUAAAGAACUAUACAACUUGUCGGAGAAAUCAUCUUCUCACUCAAAAAAUUGAAGUUUCUUAAAAUGGUGUUGAUGAUGGUGGCAAUUCAGAUAAACAGUGAUGCUGGUGAUUGUAGUCAUAAAUCGAGAGAAGAACUAUCCACAUCUAGACUUGUUCAUUACCUCUAUAUGAUCAAUGAUAUUGAUGAUAUGUAAAGGUUCAGUGCCUUCAAAUCAGCAGUGGUGACGAUGAUAGGUGAUGGUGGAGAGCAGAGAAUGGCAGAAAAGAAUUCCAUGGACAACAACAAACGGGUGAAAAGGGGAAAAGAGAUCGAUCUCAGCAUCUCAUGCAUGGUGAACACAGAAGUUGGUGCACUCUUAGCCGUCAUGAGGAUGAGUCCAGGGGAUCAAUGUGCCUCUCAAUUCAUUCCAGGUGCAGAUGAAGCCCUGGACACCUCCCUCAUGAGCGGCCUCAAGUCUUUGCGCACCUUCAUCUUCAGCAUCCAACAAGAUUGGCACUCAGUUGAUCCCUCUGUCUACCUGUCACCAUUCCUUGAAGUGAUCCAAUUCGAUGAGAUUGCUGCCCCUGCAGUUGCAUCUGCACUGUCAGCCACCAUCAAGAUCCUCAAGCUGGACAUCUUUGAUUCUACUACACCACAUUCCCGUGAAGCCAUGCACUUGAUUGUGGAUGCCAUCACCAACUGCAGACUUGAAAGGAGCGGCCAUGCAGCUGAUGAUACCAUCCUGAUGAGGAUACUUCAGCUUCUGAUCUCAUGCUUGAGGUGCAAAGCUUCUGUACUAUUGAGUGACAGUGCUGUUUGCACCAUUGUGAACACCUGCUUUCAAGUAGUCCAACAGUCUGCAAGUAGGGGACACUUGCUCCAACGGAGUGCAAGGCUUGCCAUGCAUGAAUUGGUCCAAAUGAUCUAUGCUCACUUGCCAGAGGUUCAACGUGGCAGUCGGAAUUUGGCAGACAGUGAUAAUUUCUCGUCCCUGAAUUAUGGUAUUGGUUGCAUGGUAGAUAUAUUUCAGUUUAUAUGCUCUCUGCUGAAUGUAGCUGCUGAGGUGCCAGAUUUCAAUGCAAUGCCCAGCUCACCUGAUGAGGAUGUGGAAUCUUUUGCUUUGGUCCUGAUAAAUUCUGCAAUUGAAAUUGCAGGAGAAGCAAUUGGUGAACACCCCAAACUUCUAAAAAUGAUUCAAGAGGAUCUCUUUUACAAUCUCAUUCGCCAUGGCUCUCACUCCACGCCUUUAGUUUUGUCACUAAUUUGCAGUGUAGUCCUGAAUUUGUAUAAUAACUUGAGAUCACUUUUGAAGCUUCAGCUGGAGGCCUUUUUCCGGUUUGUAUGCCUGAAAAUUGCAAGGGGGAAACUACAUUCAAUUCAGCAGGAAGAAGUUGCAAUUGAAGGAUUGGUUAGUUUUUGCAGGCAGCCAAUGUUUGGGAUAGAGAUGUACACAAAUUUUGACUGCAACCCGCUUUACAGUAACGUAUUUGAAGAAAUUGGAAAAUUACUUUGUAAGAGAGCAUUCCCAAACAAUGGUCCUUUGUCUUCAAUACAGGCACAAUCUUUUGAAGGGCUAGUGGUGAUGAUUCAGCAUAUUGCAGAUGGCAUGGAAAAAUCCAGGAGCUCGAAAGCAAACUCAAAUUUGCUCUCAUCCAAUGACGCCUCUUCUUUUAACUCUAAUUUGAUUCGAAUUACAGAGUACAAACCAUUCUGGACUGAAAAAUGUGAAAGAUGUGAUGAUCCAAAGGCAUGGGUUGAGUUUAUGAGAGUGAGGAAAUACAUGAAGAAAAGAUUGUUGGUAUCUGUAAACCAUUUUAACUUGGAUGAGAAGAAGGGUCUAGAGUUUUUGAAACAUGCACAUCUUGUCCCUGAUCCCCCUGAAGCACAAAGCUUAGCCUACUUCCUAAGGUUUACUCCUGGCUUGGACAAAACAAUGAUUGGAGAUUAUCUUGGUGACCCUGAUGAAUUUCAUCUUAAAGUUCUCAAGGAAUUCACGUCUACCUUCGACUUUAAGAAUAUGAUCCUUGAUGCAGCCCUCAGGAAUUUCCUUGAGACAUUUCGGCUGCCUGGGGAAUCCCAAAAGAUUCAAAGGAUUCUUGAGGCAUUUGCUGAGAGGUUUUAUGAACAAUCAGAUGAAAUGUUUGUGGACAAAGAUGCAGUUUUUGUGUUGUGUUAUUCACUGAUAAUGUUGAACACCGAUCAACAUAAUGCACAGGUAAAGAAGAAGAUGACAGAGGAGGAAUUCAUAAAAAACAACAGGAAUAUAAAUGGGGGAAAAGAUCUUCCCAGAGAGUAUCUUUCAGAGCUUUUCCAGUCUAUUUCAACAAAUGAGAUCACAUUAUUUGAUCAAUCAGGUGGUUCUGUUGAGAUGACCCCAAGCAGAUGGAUCAACAUCAUCAACCAAUCCAAGACAACUGAUGCUUAUAUCUUUUGUGAAGGCCAGACUCAGUUGAACCAUGAUAUGUUCUCCAUCAUUGCUGGCCCUGCCAUGGCUACAUUGGCAACUGUCUUCGAACAUGCAGAUGAUGACCAGAUCAUAAACCAGAGCAUGGAAGGCUUCCUUGCAGUGGCAAGAAUAGCAAGGUACAAUUUGGAAGAUGUUCUAGACGAGAUUCUUGCAAUGUUAUGCAAGUUCACCACAUUGCUCAAUCCAUUUGCUUCCCUGGAAGAAACCUUCUUCAGUCUAACAGAAGAUGUGAAACCUAGACUAGCAACUUUAGCAGUCUUCACCAUUGCCAACAAGUUCGGUGAUUCCAUCAGAAGUUCCUGGAGAAAUGUGGUCGAUUGUUUGCUAAGACUGAAAAGGCUCAAGCUCUUGCCUCCUGGACUUGCAGGGUCUGAUAAUGAAACUCCACCCCCUCGAAUGGAUCUUGAUCUUCCUUUGCACUCCAGAACUGAAUCUGGUGUUAUAUUUCCAUCAACGGUAAACGAUGAUCGCAGAUUCUCCAGCCUUAUUGGGAAAUUUGGACAGUUCAUUUCAACUGAGAACGAUGAGGAGUCCAUUUCUACUACUGUUGGUAACACCAAUAAGAGGAAUCUCCAGUUCAUCAACCAAUGUUGUAUUGAAGGCAUAUUUUCAAAAUCGAAGCAUCUACAUGAAGAGUCCUUGCAAAAUCUUGGCAAAGCAAUUUUGUUGGCUGGUGCUGGAAGGGGACAAAAAUUCACUAGUCCUUUAGAUGAAGAAGAAACAGCAGCAUUUUGCUGGGACCUAAUUGUAAUGCUCACUGAAAACAACAUUGAUCGGUUCAUGUCCUUUUGGCCCGCUUUCCAUGACUGUCUGGGACUGAUAAGCCAAUUGCCUCUGUUUGGUUCAUGUCCUUUUGUUGAGAAGUCGCUCUUUGGUGUGUUAAACGUCACUUCUAAGCUGUUGCACAAAGCUGACAAGACUUCUGAGGAGCUCAUCUUUAAGUCCCUGCAACUAAUAUGGAAAAUUGAUAGCCGAGUUGUAGAUUCAUGUUGCGAGGCAUUAACACAAAUAUCUGCAAAUAUACUAAAAGAAAAUGCAAAGAACAUCCAGACACAAUUUGGGUGGAAGUCCAUAAUUGCUAUUCUAUCAAUCAGUGCCCGAAGCCCGGAAGCUUUCAAUGAUGGUGUUGAGGCACUUAUCUCCUUAAUGUCUGAUAAUGUUGCAUGUGUUACAAGGUUAAAUUACAGCAUAUGUAUUGAAUCUGCUUUUAGUUUUUCAGCUUCGAAGCUCAGUUCCAUAGAGAAAAGCAUGCAAGUGCUUGAUCUAAUGGCAGAUUCUGUGAACUUGUUAGUCAGCUGGCUUAGUUCCGGAUUCUCAGACCCUGGCAGCAAUAACUCAUCAUCGACAGCCCAAGAUUCUUCUAGGAACAGUAUAUCAUCUAUAGGUACAAUGUUUGUGAGAUUAGUUGAAAGCAUUCGGAAAAUAUGUCUGGUCAGGAGAGAAGAGAUCAGGAAUCACGCAGUUUUGACUUUGAAGAGGUGUUUCACAAAGGCUGAAGGGUUGGGAUUCACUUCAACUGUGUGCCUACAUUGCUUCAAUCAUGUAAUAUUUGCUAUGGCGGAUGAUCUCUUAGAGAAAGCCAUUGAAUACUCGAGAAGGGAGAACUCUGAGAAGGAGAUGCGAAGCAUGGAGGGGACACUUUGUCUAGCCAUGGAAUUCCUAACGGAGGCUUUCAUUCAAUUUCUAAGAACUCUAUCUUCUGUCUCUGGAUUUAGAUCUUUCUGGAUGGGAGUCUUGCGGAGGAUGGACACUUGCAUGAAGACAGAACUAGGUGAUAGUGACAAGAUGCAGAUUUUGAUACCAACGCUGUUGAAGAAGAUGAUACUAGCCAUGAAAGAGCAUAAUAUCUUAGUAAACAGUGAAGAUAACGAAUUGUGGGACAUCACUGUUACUCAAAUUUUGUGGAUAGCUCCAGCUGUUAAAGAUGAGCUCUUUCCUGGAUACUAACUGCUAGCUUGCAGGUUCUUUCAUUGAAUUCAGUGUCAUGUAUAUUACACAGAGCAUCUUGUCCUUGCAUAUUGAAGUUUCUUAAUCUAAUGAAUCUUUAAAUUGAUAA